AUGGCCAUCGUUGUUCGCAUCCUGCUGUCUCUGGCGCUCUUGGCCGUCUGGAUGGACCCGACCGCGGCCGACGGGAGCCAGGUCGACUCGGUGAGCGAGCCAUUUCACGGCGAAAUUAGCAGAGGGGUCGAACGAAGAGACGAGGCGGCGGCCCUCGAAGUGACCAAGCCGCCCAGGACCCGCCGACUUACCAAGAAAAAGGCGCUCAAAACCGCCGAGGAACCGCAAUUCAUCCACUCCCCGAUCUGUCCAAACUGCCGCCUCAAGGGCCGCCCCAGCGGCCACCCCAUGGUUCACUCCCCGGGCGACCCCAAGUUGGCGUACUGGGGCCUCGAAUUUUUGGCCGCCGCCAAAGCAGCAGUCAUGACGGACUGA